AGGUUUUCAGUUGACCGUUAAUUGCGGACUCGAGCACAUUGCAAUAGAAAUCUUGUUAAACGAAAACAUUUUAGUUGACUAUUUAAUUUAAUAACGCGAACCACAAGGAAACAAAAUCAUAGAAGCGAAAAAGAAAACGAAAAGGCAAAAAAAAAAAAAAACAAAAAAAUAUUGAGUGUGGAACAGAUGAUCUUGGCGAGCGAGAAGUAAACCAACAAAAUUGUAUGAAAUCAUCGCAAGAAAACCAUAUAAAAAAGUCUUAAAAAAUUGGUGAUAAGUUUAAAUGUUUUCAAACAAAAUUUCAAAUAAGAGGGAAAGAAGAAUUCCCACCAAGUUUCGUUAAAAAUUCAAAAAGAAAAACUAACUAAUGUGAGUGUGUAAGCGAAUGUGCCAUAACAAGAGAGAGAUUUGUAUGCGAAAAAUAAAUAAAAAUAUUGAAUCCAUAGAUGCGUAAUCCAAAUGUUCGCAGUGACAGAACAUUUCGGUGUUUAUGUAAUUUCUGUUUGAAACACUACACACAACGUCUUUUGGUUAUAGCCCAUCAAAUUCAUCGACAACGACGACGACGCUGCCGCCGCUGACAACGAUAACAAAACGCCAAUAAACAUUUUUUAAAAAUAAAAGACGUAUUCCGUACAAUUAGCUAACGGCUGGUGGGUUGUAGACUAAUUUCUCUGGGUGUAUUAAAAAUUUCUGGCGGAUAUCUUUAUUGCUUCGAACGCUAAGGCUAUUCAAAUCAUAAAUUCGACUGUCUGGUCACACUACUCAAAAAUAAGACAAAAUGUUCCGCAACACAGCUUUAGCCAAUACACCCACAUAUAAGCUCAUUUUAGGCUUUGGCCUUUGCACAUUGGGCGGUGCCAUGUUAUAUGCUUACUUUAAGCAACGCGAUGAAGACGAGGAUCUAAAACAGAAACAAGAUGACUCAAAAAGGAAACAAACGUCCUCCUCAAAUGCAAAAUCACAAAAGAACCAGCAAGCACAAAAAGAAGUCAAAGUUGAAUUGAAAAUAGCCAAUGAACACGUCCCCUUGAUAGCUGGUAGACAGGGUGCAAAUCUUAAGUCUAUACAAGAUCGGACGCAGACUACAAUACACUUUCGAGACAAAAAUGACUCACAUAAAAUAUGUGAAAUUGCCGGCUGUCCCGACAAUGUUAAAGAAGCUCGUUCGAUUAUUUUGAAGGAAAUUGAACGUUCGCCCAUUGUUAAGGAAGAAAUCUAUGUACCUCAAAGUGUUUGCGGCAAAAUAAUGGGUCGCUGCGGCGAGGCAAUGCAGGAAAUUUGUCGCCUCUCGCUUGCCAAGGUUUCGGUGGAUUCUGGCAUGCGAAGUACCAACACAAGACGCAUAACUAUAUCGGGAAACCGGCAACAGGUGAAUAUAGCUCGCAAAAUGAUCGAGGACAAAAUCGAAGAAGAUGAGCAUUUACGCAAAGCCGUUGAAGAAGUGGAACAAAAACGUGAACCAAGACGUUCGCCACCGAAUAGUCUCAAUUCCAGCAUGUACUCAUCACAAACGUCAUUAAGUUCACAUCUGCCGCCACGCGAAAAACUAAUGGCUUCCCGUCACGAUGAGAAGCCCAUGGAAGUAUAUGUCUCUGCAAUUGCAUCACCUGCUAAGUUUUGGGUACAACUAAUAGGGCCCCAGUCUAAAAAAUUGGACGAUUUGGUGUCGAACAUGACCGCCUAUUACAGUUCAGCCGACAAUCGCGCUAUGCAUCAAAUCCACGAACCGUAUUUAGGACAAAUUGUUGCUACCAUAUUUAAGCACGACAGCAAAUGGUAUAGAGCUGAAGUUGUUGGCAUUCUGCCCAAUCAAUAUAAUCCCAAUGAAAUAGUUUUGGAUUUGUAUUUUGUUGAUUAUGGCGAUAGUGAAUAUGUACUACCUCAUGAAAUCUUCGAGUUAAGAACCGAUUUUCUCACAUUGAGAUUUCAAGCAGUUGAAUGUUUUUUGGCUAGUGUUAAAUCGACAAUAAUAAACCAUCCGGAUACAUGGGAACCUCACUCUAUUGAAUUUUUUGAAGAAUUUACUCAGGUGGCCCGUUGGAAGAAACUUAUAUCUCGUGUUGUUACCUAUAAAGAUCGCGUUAAAUCACAGACUGGAAAUGCUGCAGCACGUGAGGGCUCGCCUAUACCUGGAGUUGAAAUAUGCGACGUACAAGAUGGUGUUGAAGUUAAUCUGGGACAUAUGAUGAUAGCUCAUCGUUAUGCUUUGCCCUCCACCGAUGAUUAUCCGCGAGCCAGAUCACCAUAUAACACAAGCCGUAGCAACUCCAAUGAUGCUCUGACCUCUUCAACAUCUUCGUCCAUACAACAAAAUCUAAAGCCGCAAUCACCUCCACCAAUAUCACCAGCAUACUCAAAUGGUGACGCAAACUCCACUGAGGAUGCCCUGAUUGAGGAACAGCUUAAGCAUUUGAAAAAAAGUACACCAUAUCAGAAAUACUUUAAUGGCAAUAGCAUUGCAGAAAAAAUAUCUCCAGCGGAAUUGAUGAAUGGCAAUGGCCUGAAAACCGCCACAAAUGGACACCACAUUACUCCCCUCGAUCAAUCAUCAACAUUCAAUGGCAAUCCCAAACGAUAGAUUGCCCUUGUUACCGUUUUUAUGUUUUUUGUUUUUAGUUAGUCUUAGAUUUAAAUUCAUAAUUUUUUAUGAACCUAAUUCUCCUGUAAAUAGUUUUAUUUGUAAUUAUUAUAGUUUUUUUGUGUGUGUUAAUUUAAUACAUUUUAUUGCGUGUUCUGAAAGGACUUUUUAUUUAUGAUUUUUGUUUAUGCCAUAUAUAUAUACAUAUGUAUGUUAGUGAUUAUGUUUGUCGUUAAAUGGGGCUUAAAACUUAUUCCUAAAUAUUUUUUUUAUAAUUUCUUUUUGUUUAAAACAUUAAAUUAGUUUUAUGUAAAUAUUUUUUUUUUUUUGCAAUAAGCGAUUUGAUUGUAAACCACUUUAGAAUUGUCAUUAUGUUCCAUUUAAGCCAUUACAAACAAUUUUUGGAUUGCGAUGCAUCCAAAGCUGAAAGGUGAUUUAACAUGCUUUCAUGAAUAAAGUAAAAUUUUUGAAACUUGA